AGAAAGCAGAAGUCAAAGGGAAAGUCUCCACUCAGACGGUCAACAACUUAUUCGACCGCGAGCCUCCAAACUGGGCAGAGGGACCAGAACAACGACAAUUUGGACAAAAGACAACUCACUCAUGGACCGUAACGCGACCCUCCUCGUUCCCUCCAACAACCGCAGCAUUACCAAUGUCACUUGUUCCCGUGACAAUGUUGUGAAGACGGUGAUAUUCCCCCUCCUCUACACCACCUUGUUCCUGGUCGGGCUGUCACUCAACAGCCUGGCGGUCUGGGUCUUCUUGCGCAUUCCCUCACGCUCCCACUUUGUCAUCUACCUGAAGAAUGUGGUGGUCGCUGAUGUCAUCAUGACCCUCACCUUCCCUUUCAAGGUUUUAUCGGACUCCAACAUGGCUUCCACCGACCUACGGAUCUUCGUGUGCCGGGUCUCGUCUGUGCUGUUCUACCUCACCAUGUACAUCAGCAUCCUCUUCUUUGGCCUCAUCAGCAUCGACCGCUGCAGGAAGACACUCAACCCAUUCAGGGGCACCAACGCGGCCCGCCUGGCCCGCCGGAAGCUCCUCUCUGGCGCGGUCUGGAUCUUCCUGCUGGUUCUCUGCCUUCCCAACGUGGUUCUAACCAGUCGAAAGCCACGUUCGCCUUACUUCAAGUGUAGCGACCUGAAGGACCGGGCCGGGCUGUACUGGCAUGAGGUGGUCAACCACGUGUGCCAGGUCAUCUUUUGGGCCAACCUGGUGAUCGUGAUCCUUUGUUACACCCUCAUCACCAAAGAACUGUACAAGUCGUACUCCCGCACCAAGUCCCGUGGCUCCGAAAGCCGUCAAAAGCAAGAAAGUAAAAGGAACAUGAACACCAACGUCUUCCUGGUCUUGGCCGUGUUUUUUGUGUGUUUCGUGCCGUUCCAUUUUGCACGGGUUCCGUACACCAUGAGCCAAACCCGAGGCCUUCUCUUCGACUGCCGUCUCAAGCUCUUCUUCUUCCAUCUGAAAGAAAGCACGCUCUUCCUGUCGUCGCUCAACUCCCUCCUGGACCCGCUCAUCUACUUCUUCCUCUGCAAGUCCUUCCGGACCACCUUGUUCAAGACCCUGCGGCUGCACCCGGGGACUUGCGGCCGGCUGCUGGGGAGGAGCUCGGACAGCGAUUCGUGCAACACCCCUCUGAGAGAAUCCUCCGUGUGCGCAUAAAGACCGUGAUGUACUGCAGGGAUUAUCAAACCUUUAAAGGCCUACUGAAAGCCACUACUAGCGACCACACAGUCUGAUAGUUUAUAUAUCAAUGAUGAAAUAUUAACAUUGCAACACAUGCCAAUAUGGCCUUUUUAGUUUACUAAAUUGCAAUUUUACAUUUUGCGCCGAAAACGUCGCGGUAUGAUGACACGUGCGCGUGAUGUCACGCAUUGUGGAGUACAUUUUGUUCCAGCAUUGUUCUCAGCUAUAGGUCGUCUGUUUUCAUCGCAAAAUUCCACAGUAUUCUGGACAACGGUGUUGCCGAAUCUUUUGCAAUUUGUUCAAUGAACAAUGGAGACGUCAAAGAAGAAAGCUGUAGGUGGGAAGCGGUGUAUUGCGGCCGGCUUUAUAGCAACACAAACACAGCCGGCGUUUCAUUGUUUACAUUCCCGAAAGAUGACGGUGAAGCUUUACUAUGGAACAGAGCGGUCAAGUGAACACGGUUGGAUCGGACCACACACACAAAGUACAGUGUACUAUGCAGCGAUCAUUUCGAAAUAUCGUGUUUCAAAGAGGGUCCCUUGUGAAGGGCAGAGAUGGGCAUCGCCACCACCCGUCGACUGGUGCUGAAGAAAGGUGCGGGGCUGACCUUCAGGUUGUACAGGUACGACCAUAUAAUCUCACUAAAACACUAGUAACACAAUAAGCAGAUAAGGGAUUUUCCAGAAUUAUCCUACUAAAUUUGUCUAAUAACAUCUGAAUCGGGGCUUCACGGUGGAAGAGGGGUUAGUGCGUCUGCCUCACAAUACGAAGGUCUUGCAGUCCUGGUUUCAAAUCCAGGCUCGGGAUCUUUCUGUGUGGAGUUUGCAUGUUCUCCCUGUGAAUGCGUGGGUUCCCUCCGGGUACUCCGGCUUCCUCCCACUUCCAAAGACAACACUAAAUUGGCCCUAGUGUGUGAAUGUGAGUGUGAAUGUUGUCUGUCUAUCUGUGUUGGCCCUGCGAUGAGGUGGCGACUUGUCCAGGGUGUACCCCGCCUUCCGCCCGAUUGUAGCUGAGAUAGGCGCCAGCGCCCCCCGCCACCCCGAAAGGGGAUAAGCGGUAGAGAAUGGAUGGAUGGAACAUCUGAAUCGCUCCCACUGUAUAGUCUUUGUUUUUCUAGUCCUUCACUCUCACUUUCCUCAUCCACGAAUAUUUCAUCCUCGCUCAAAUUAAAGGGGAAAUCGUCGCUUUCUCGGUCCGAAUCGCUCUCGCUGCUGGUGGCCAUGAUUGUAAACAAUGUUCAGAUGUGAGGAGCUCCACAACCCGUGACGUCACGCGCACAUCGUCUGCUACUUCCGGUACAGGCAAGUCUUUUUUUAUUAGCGACCAAAAGUUGCGAACUUUAUCGUGGAUGUUCUCUACUAAAUCCUUUCAGCAAAAAUAUGGCGAUAUGAUCAAGUAUGACACAUAGAAUGGACCUGCUAUCCCCGUUUAAAUAAGAACAUCUCAUUUCAGUAGGCCUUUAACGCCGAGUGACGCCUAGAACAUUUUUCUUUUGCUUUUUUUUGCUGCUUCUGCUUCUCAAAUAUGUGGCUUGUACUCACAUGUACAGUUGUGAUCAAAAGUUUACAUACACUUGUAAAGAACAUAAUGUCAUGGCUGUCUUGAGUUUCCAAUAAUUUCUACAACUCUUAUUUUUUUGGUGAUAGAGUGAUUGGAGCACUUACUUGUUGGUCACAAAAAGCAUUCAUGAAGUUUGGUUCUUUUAUGAAUUUAUUUUGGGUCUACUGAGUCAUAAGUUUACAUACAGCAAUGUUAAUAUUUGCUUACAUGUCCCUUGGAAAGUUUCACUGCAAUAAGGUUUUGGUAGCCAUCCACAAGCUUCUGCUUGAAUUUUUGACCACUCCUGUUGACAAAAUUGGUGCAUUUCAGCUAAAUGUGUUGGUUUUCUGACAUGGACUUGUUUCUUCGGCAUUGUCCACAUGUUUAAGUCAGGACUUUGGGAAGGCCAUUUUUAGUGUUCUCGUGGGACGUGUAAAAACGCCAACUCAACACCAAGCCAAACCGAGUCAAUGAAGAGAACGUCGUUGUAAGCUUGACCAUUUACUUUUGACCAUUCUUCAUAGACAAGAUGGUGAAAAAGUGAAAAGAACAAAGAGACACAAACACACUUAUUGCCUCUGUACAUAUUUGUCUACAACAGGGGUCGGGAACCUUUUUGGUUGAGAGAGCCAUGAAAGCCAAAUAUUUCAAAAUGUAUUUUUUUAACACUGAAUACAACUAAAUGUGUGCAUUUUUAAGUAAGACCUGUCAUGUCUUUGUGAUCAUGUUCUGUUUAGUUAUGUUCUGUUUUGUUUUUGACUCCAUUACUUCCUGUUUUUGCGCACCCUGGUUGGUUUUUGUUUCCAUGACUACCAAUCAGUUCACGACUCACGCACCUGAUUCACUUGAACUCAUGUACCUGUUGUCAAUCACCACGUCACCAUUUAAGCCUGCAGUUGCCAGGCUUAAAUAUUACACUUUUCAGCCUUCUACUCACCCUCUCUCACCUCCUACACACCUAUGUUAUCCAUGCCAAUGAUCCAUAUUCUUUCUCGGUCCAAGUAAGUUUUUCAUGCCAUAGUUUGUAAGUUUUAUUUUAUGUUCAUAGUUCUCCCAUUGUGCGAGUUUUAGUUUUCAUAGCCAAGUUUUUAACCUUCACUGAGAGCGCCUUUUGUUCAUACCCUUUGUUUUUGUAAUAUUUUUGAGUUGAGAUUAAAGAUGUCAUUACCUUCA